GGACUAAGCAACCUGCAUGUGAUUUGGAUGACAAUAACACCGAUCUAACUAGUGCUAAUAUAAAAUUAACGAAUAGAAAACCUUUUGAUGCAGCCAAAGGAGAAAGAAAAUAUAUUAACCUUGAUCUAGCAGAUGAAGUUUUGAAAACAUUUCAAAUGCACGUUCUUCUGGAUCACAAACUAAUAUAUGGGGAUGUUGACGUUAUGACAUUUGCACGCUCAACUAUGAAAACUACGAAAAAAAGUCAAAUCUCAAAAAGUCCUUUAUCGAUUGGUGUCAUUGAUAUUCACAAUGCCGAAUGUCUCAAAUAUUUGCCUCAAGGGUUCAAGAAAUAUAUAGCAGAUCAAGUGCAAAAUGCUGAUGAUGCAGUGCAUUUUUCAGAAGGGAAAUGUAUUAACAAAUUUUUAGUAGAUUGCGAAGAGGAAGUUUUACAGUACCUAGAAAAGUUUUAUUACAUUAAUGACUUGAAGUCAUUAGAAGAGUGUUUAGAUAAAAAACAUCUACCUAGUUAUAUAAUCGAUUAA